GCUCGCCGCCGCCGCCGCCGCCGCCGCCGCCGCCGCCGCCGCCGCCGCCGCGCGUCCCGCCAUGUCCCGCUACCUCGGCGCCGCCGCGGCGCUGAGCCGCGCCGCCGGCCUGGCCCCCCGCGCCCCCGCCGCCGCCGCCGCCGCCGCCGCCCUGGGCCCCGCCGCGCCGCGCCGCCACUAUGCCGACAAGCGGAUCAAGGUGGCCAAGCCAGUGGUGGAGAUGGACGGCGACGAGAUGACGCGGAUCAUCUGGACGUUCAUCAAGGAGAAGCUGAUCCUGCCCAACGUGGACGUGCAGCUGAAGUAUUUCGAUCUGGGCCUGCCGCACCGGGACCAGACAGGCGACCAGGUCACCAUUGACUCGGCUCUGGCCACGCAGAAGUACAGCGUGGCGGUGAAGUGUGCCACCAUCACGCCUGAUGAGGCCAGGGUGGAAGAGUUCAAGCUGAAAAAGAUGUGGAAGAGCCCCAAUGGGACAAUCCGAAACAUCCUGGGCGGGACGGUCUUCCGGGAGCCCAUCAUCUGCAAGAACAUUCCUCGCCUGGUACCCGGCUGGACCAAGCCCAUCACCAUCGGCAGACAUGCCCAUGGCGAUCAGUACAAAGCCACAGACUUUGUGGUGAACAAGUCUGGGACGUUCAAGAUGGUUUUCACGCCCAAGGACGGCAGUGCGGCGAAGGAGUGGGAGGUGUACAACUUCCCGGGAGGCGGCAUCGGGAUGGGCAUGUACAACACAGACGAGUCUAUCUCAGGCUUUGCUCACAGCUGCUUCCAGUACGCCAUCCAGAAGAAAUGGCCUCUGUAUAUGAGCACCAAGAACACCAUCCUCAAGGCCUACGAUGGGCGCUUCAAAGACAUCUUCCAGGAGAUCUUCGAUAAGCACUACAAGACGGAGUUCGACAAGCUGAAGAUCUGGUAUGAGCACCGGCUCAUCGACGACAUGGUUGCCCAGGUGCUGAAAUCUGCAGGCGGCUUCGUCUGGGCUUGCAAAAACUAUGAUGGAGACGUCCAGUCGGAUAUCCUGGCCCAAGGCUUCGGCUCCCUGGGCCUGAUGACCUCCGUCCUGGUGUGUCCGGACGGGAAGACCAUCGAGGCGGAGGCAGCCCACGGCACGGUCACCCGCCACUACCGGGAGCACCAGAAGGGACGGCCCACCAGCACUAACCCGAUUGCCAGCAUCUUUGCCUGGACACGUGGCCUGGAGCACAGGGGAAAGCUGGACAGUAACCCUGACCUGAUGAAGUUUGCUCAGACGCUGGAGAAGGUCUGUGUCGAAACUGUGGAGAGUGGGACAAUGACAAAGGAUCUUGCAGGCUGUAUUCAUGGUCUGGCCAACGUGAAGUUGAACGAGCACUUCGUGAACACCACGGACUUCCUGGACGCCAUCAAGAACAACUUGGACAAAGCCCUGGGCAAGAAGUAGAGAGGGCCCUUUCUCGGGGGGGGGUGUCCGCGUGUGUGGUGCCAGGCGUUUACCUCAUUUUUAACAAGAUAGGGAGCCGACGCCGCCUUUAGCUCACUGACUUGGCUCAGGAACAUUUGAAAUAAUUUUUAUAAGCAGUUUUCCUACGAGUGUUUUUAAAGUAUUUCUAGCAGGGGUUUGUAGGAAACGGGCUGGGGAGGGCUGCCCUUCGCCGUGCUGUAAUUUAUGUAACCUCUGACCUCAUGGUGCCAAACAUAGCAAUUAAACGUUUCACAGGCC